ACGAUCCGAGGACCGCUUAUGAAGACGUCAGUUUUAGCGUGAGUAAGCGAUUUACUACACUAAGCAAAUAUGGACCUCUCGUGUUCUGUGGAUGACAGCUGCGGCACGACUAGUUCAAAGACUGAGCAGGCCAGGAGUAACAACCCUUUUGAAAGCGGCAGAAAGGCUCAGCUCUGUUGCGAACUGUGCAUAAAAGACGAAUGUCUUGUCGACGCAGAGGAGAUUCGGCAACAGGGCUACGCGUGGCUGGCAUCGUCGGGUUUUACUAUCGCACUGGGACGCCACGAUCCUCGCCUCGUCGAAAAUGCCAUAUUGUCCCGGGCAUGCAGAGAAAUUAACGUGGAGUACGCUCUUCCGGAAGAUGUGGAAUCACCUAUGGGCACCUGUGUAGGGGUUGGUCCUCUACCCGAAACGUCUGUGUGCGCCAAAUGGUCGUGCAUGGAGGAGUCACCAAUCAUCGUACCACUCAUAGACGCCACAGUCCAAGUGGUCCUAUACUACCUCUCUUCAGAGAGGCCAGAAGCAGAAAUGCAAGAAGACGGACAGGAGGAAGCAGUUCCUGCGUGUCAGCACUGGCCAUUGCCGAAUGAGGAUUUUCAUGGCUUGUGGGAUAGUCUUCAUUUCGACACCAACGUGAAAAAAACCCUGCUCCAGUACGCCUCUUCCGCCAUGCUCUUCUCCGACCACAGAAUCAAUGACAAGCUAAUUAACUGGAACAGACUUCUGCUACUCCAUGGCCCUCCCGGCACAGGCAAAACUUCGCUUUGUAGAGCGCUGGCACAAAAACUCUCUGUCAGGAUGAGUUACCGAUACCGCAGCAGCCAACUUCUCGAAAUAAAUGCUCACUCUCUCUUCUCCCGAUGGUUCAGCGAAUCUGGAAAACUCGUCCUGAAAAUGUUCACCACAAUUAAAGACUUGCUGGAAGACGAAUCUUGUUUUGUGUGCGUUCUCAUUGACGAGGUGGAAUCACUCUCUACUGCCAGAAGAGCUGCAAUGGCAGGCAAUGAACCCUCAGACGCCGUGAGGGUUGUGAAUGCUCUGUUGACCCAGAUUGACGUUCUGAAGUCUUACUCGAACGCAUUGGUUCUGACGACGUCUAACGUACCAGAAGCAGUCGAUCCAGCUUUCUUGGACCGGGUUGACCUCAAGCAAUUUAUUCCAACUCCAAGCGAGCGUUCCCGCUACGAGAUUCUGAGAGAAUGCGUUGAAGAAAUGAUGCGCAAGAAUCUCAUUCAGCCACAUAUUCGGUUUCUUUCAUUUGUUUCUGUCUAUGGAGUGUUGAAUGAGAAGUCAACGAGUAAUUUUUCCUCCAAAGAAUUGCGGGCCUCAACAGAGCUUCUCCAGAUAGCUAAGCAGUGCACAGAAUUCUCUGGUCGUACAUUAAGAAAACUUCCGUUUUUGGCUUUCGGACCGUUCGCGUUCCAAAUUUCCUUUGACGACUGCGGGGCAGCGUGCGGAAUGGCGAUUAAGAAAGUGGUUCCAAGCGUGUACGAUUAUCUGCACGAACUAUCUUCUUCCAUGAGAUCAGAGAAAGCUGCCCGCGAGCAUGUGUCAAAUGGAACAAACUUGCUGCCCUGAGCAGAAAACAUCCACACUGUUUGUUUUGUUUCUUUUAUUGCCACUUCGGCUGUUUUGGGAACACUCAACUCCAUCGGGAGGGGCAGAAAUAUCAACAAUUCGCCCAUACCAAGGCGACACCACACCGCGCUGAAAAUCCCACAAGAUAUGACCGUCGAAGCAGACAGGAAACUGGACUGGCACACGCACAACCCAAUGAUGUGUACACCUGGGAAAGAACUGCCGAAUUCUAAAUAGUGACAUAAACCCACUU